GUGGCGGGGAGGCCAGAGAUCCGAGUCGAUGCUCCGAGAUUCAGCGUUUUCCUCACUCCCUUCUCCCUGUUUCUUUUCGGGGGAGGGAUGGCCAUUGCACUGACAGAUAACGGAAUGACUGUUAGGUGGACUGACCCGGAAAAGACACAGCUGUGGGCUUUGCCGUAUGUAGCUCUCUGAAGUCGCUUCCAAUUCUGACAGUUGAUAAACUGGAUACUGAGGGGAGGGAGUUGCCCCUCUCACCUUUACUUACUUGAAAUCUACCUAAAGGUGGUGAAAGGAUGAAUUCCGCUGGAAAACUAUGAUAACCCAGGAUUUGUCUUUUAAUCUGUACAAGUGCGGUGUUUAAGAUAAUAUUUAAAGAAUCCUAAAUCAUAAGGGAGAUAAGCCAUAAGAAAAGGAAACUAUGGAGGGGCUCAGUACUGGAGAGAAGAUCCGAUAAAUGGAAUCAGUGAGGUCUGUUUGGCAGAGGAGAUUAUGGAAAGAUGCCCUGUGCAUCAUAUUAUUUGACCCAUAAAUGGCCUUUGAUCAGCCGUCCCUCCUCAAUAUAUUUUCUUUACUUAUCUUCCAGGGCACUAGUUUUCUUCAGUCACCUUUGCUGAUUUCACCUUUUCUCCCUUCUUAGAGUGCCCCCAGGACUCAGUGGUUGGAUCUUGACUCUUCUCAAUAUAUACACUCCUGACUAUCUCAUUCAGUCUCAUGGUGUGUAAAGUACUAUUAAUAUGCCAAUGACUUUCAAAUUUCUAUCUCCAUCCUAGACUUUUAAACUCCAGACUUGAAUAUCCAACUACUUGUCUUGCCCUUAUAGUCUAAUGGACUUUUCAAAGUUACCAUGCUCCAAACUAAACCAAUCUCUAUUCCCCUGUCCCAGACUGCCUCACCUGGAGCCUUUCCCAUCUCAGUUGAUGGAAACUCCGUUCUUUCAGUUUUUUGAAAUUCUGUGGGUUCUAUCCUUAAGCUGCUUAAGGAAUCUUACCAUUUCCCAUCACCUCUAAUGCUUCACCCUGGAAUAAGAUAUUACCCUUCACCUGGAUUACUGCAAUAGUCUUCCUGACAAAUGUCGCUUUAAUGAUCUGCAGUUUAUAUCAGUCAGAGUCUUUUUAAGAACAUAAGACAGAGCAUGUCAUUCUUCCAGCCAAAAACUUUGAAAUUACUACCUGCUUUACUGAAGUCCAUAUAAUGGUCUAUAAGGCCAUAUGUGAUCCGGUCUGACAGCUCUGACCUCACCUCCCUCUCCUUUCCUACAGCUUACACUGCUCUACCCACAGUGGCCUCCCUUUUCUUGAAAACACCGGUUACACUUCCUCCUUAGGGUUUUGCGCUGGUUGUUGUGUUGGCAUGGAUGGAAUGCUCUUACCCCUUCCUCGCCUCCUUCAACUCUGAUUAAAUGUCACCUUUUCAAUGAGGUUUACUUGGUUCACCCUUUUAUUACUGCAACCUGCCCCAUCCCCUCUACACUCCUGAUCCUCCUUUACCCUGCUUUAUUUUUUCUUCAUAGUAUAUUUUCUAACAUAUUAUUAUCUAUUUGUUUAGAUUUGUUCUCUCACUGUUAGAAGAUAUGUCCAUGGGGCAAGGAUCUUUGUUUACUGUGCCUGACUCAUGGUAGGCCCUCAAUAUUUGUUGAAUGGAUGAAUGAAUAUGCACAGGUCUCCUACUGGUGGCCCCAGAACUAAGUUUUACUCACAAUGUUUUGUUUUUUAAUUUUUUAACUCAAUUUUUAAAAAUUGGAGACAUUUACCACAAAAACCUGUCUUUCCAGUUUGUUGAAUAAUCAUACACUCUGGUACCACAGAGUCUACAUUCCUGCAUGGCAACUAGAUGGAUGGAGCUGAGUUGUGUUGGCUUGAGACAUGAGGGGAAAAACACGGAACUACCUCUACCCAAUCUGGUCACCAUACGCCUAUUAUCUCUACUGUUACAAAUACCGGAUCACCCUCCGGGAGAAAAUGAUGCCUUGUUACAAAAGCAUCACUUAUAAGGAACGGGAGGACUUGACACUCCGGCCCCGUUCCUGUCUUCAGUGCUCCGAGUCCCUAGUAGGCCCCCAGAUGGGCAGAAGCACCGAGCAGGGUGACCACGACCAGCUUAAAGAAUUGUAUUCGGCUGGGAACUUGACGGUGCUGGCUACUGACCUCUUACCCCACCAGGACCCUGUGCAGUUGGACUUCCAUUUCCGCCUCACCCCCCAGACCUCUGCUCAUUGGCACGGCCUUCUCUGUGACCAUCGACUCUUCCUGGAUAUCCCAUAUCGGGCCUUGGAUCAAGGCAACCAGGAAAGUUUGACUGCCACACUGGAGUACGUUGAGGAAAAGACCAAUGUGGACUCCGUGUUUGUAAACUUCCAAAACAACCGGAAUGACAGAGGUGCCCUACUACGGGCCUUCAGCUACAUGGGCUUUGAGCUGGUCAGACCAGGUCACCCUGCUCUCCCUCCCUGGAACAAUGCCAUCUUUAUGGUGUAUCCCCUUGAAAGGGACUUGGACCACCUGCCCAGUGAACCUCCCUGAACAUGCUUAUUCCUACUCUGUGAGGGGCUGGGGGCCUUGAUAAAUGAGACCCAGGAUGUGAUUCGAGACACCUUCUUCUAUCCUAGGAAUAAAGGGUAGUGCAAUCCUCAAGUGUUCACUGUUUCUUGGGGGGAAGGUGGGAUCAGCUGGAAUGGAACAUGGGCCGUACAGAGCUGAAUUCACUGUAGGAAACGUUAAUGACUGAGAGAUCAGAGGGACCUGAAUAAAGAGGAAAGGAACCCAAGGAUUUUAGGCUCCUUUUACCAUCCCCUCACUCCAAACUCAUUUUCCCAUUUAUUCUAACCAUUUACUGAGCACCUGCCAGGAGCAAGAACUGAGUCUUACUGGGAGACUUUCAUUGAUGUAUUUCAGUUCAAACUGGAUACAAGUGCUAAUUCCUUCUCUUUGGAUGUGGAGAAAAGAGAAGGGACAUGGGUCCCACAGCUUUGACUUGGGGAUUUCAACAGAGAAAAUAACAAGUAGGAAGCAUAGAAAAGGGCAUUCCUGGCAGUAGGAAAAGUACAGGGUUGUGUUGAAGAAGGAACCCAUCAGAAUGGGAUGUUAAUCGACAAGACUUAAAAGCCACAUUAAAAGAACAAACUUUAUACGUAGCAAACUGUAGCUAGGAAUGAAAUAGUGCUCGUUUCCACAGCAAGAAGUCUUAGGCUUUUAUAUUACAGGUACUCUUAACAGUAAAGGCCAAGGAGCCAAGGAAACGGGGUUAAGUGACCUCAUGACUU